AUGGAUCGAGAAAUGGCAAUAGUAGAAGGUAGUAAUCAUCUCGGUAGUUCUUCUCCAACGGCCAAUACGCAGAUCACAAUAAACACUCCUUUGUUAAGGGAACAAGAAAGUAAAGAAAGCAUAACAGAACCUUCGAGUAGCGAAGUACCGAUGGAAGCGGGACAACCGAAAAGUCCUCAAAUAGAAACAGGAGAAACUCUUCCCAUAAGCCCAAAGAUUAACAUCGAGAAGGAGAUAGAAACUUCUAUGGCAGAUGACAACGGAAACUUAAAACUGGAACUACCAGAUAAUCUUGAUAACGCAGAUUUCUCCAAGCUACUGGAAUUCGAUGCGAAAAAUGAUGAAGCCCUAUUCAACUCAAAUGAGUUAUUGUCCCAAACUAUGGAUACUGUAAAUAACAUCAAUGCAUCUGAUGAUCACAACCGGGAGGCUGCAUCGGAAGGAAAUGCCAACAUAGAGGCAGCGAUUCGUCACGAUGACGAAAAGGAGCAAACUCAGGAUAAUACAGGAGCAGUGAACACAGAGGAAAUCAAAGUUUUUGAAGCUACGGGCAUACAAACAGAUCAAGCUACUACUGAUACCAUAUAUACAGACGAACAUAAGUUGCCGAUAAGUAAGGAUGAUGCUACACUGUCGACUGUAGUCAAUGAUAAACAUAAUCUCCUUCCUACCAGAAACGAUUCGAUAACGCCUGUAAUGUUCCAACAGCACGAGUUAUUAGCACAACCAUCUCAAACCACCGUCACCGAAAAUAAUAGCACUGAUGCGGAAACUACUGAACGAAGACCAUCUGAACCAAUCAAAGAGGGUUUGCCGUUGCCGCAUGAACAACCGACUAUCUUUGCGUAUGCAAGACUAGAUUUUCAAAGUUUUACAUUCUACGUACAAACAUUACAUGCAAUAAUUGGCAGGAGAUCUGAAAAUGAUUUUUCUCACAAGGUUGACGUUAAUCUUGGUCCAUCAAAAUCCAUAUCGAGAAGACAUGCUCAGAUAUUUUACAAUUUUGGGACGGGAAGGUUUGAACUAUCGAUAAUUGGGAAAAAUGGGGCUUUUGUGGAUGACAUUUUUGUUGAAAAGGGAAAUACUGUUCCACUCCGUAAUAGAACAAAAAUUCAAAUAGGGCAAAUUCCAUUUCAGUUUAUUUUACCGGAACAAGAACGCAACGAUGAUAGUAAGAGCCCAGAAAGUGCUGAUGUAACAGAAUCUGAAAUAAAAACAAAAAAUCCAAAGAAGAAUGAGCCUAAAUCCAAGAAAAAGACAACAACUGGAACAAAACCCAAGAAAACACAAGUCAAACUGGCGGUUAAGAAGGAGAAGAGGCCACCAAAAUUACCAAAGAAAGUUUAUACGCUUGAGGAAAUUCCUGUGGAAUAUAGAACAAAACCUACCAUAUCUUAUUCCGCUAUGCUGACCACUUGUAUACGAAAGUACUCGACUGUCAAGGGGAUGUCUUUAUCAGAAAUAUAUGCAGGAAUAAGAGAACUUUUUCCUUAUUAUAAGUAUUGUCCUGACGGAUGGCAAAGUUCAGUAAGGCAUAACUUAUCUUUGAACAAAUCCUUUAGGAAGGUUUCAAAAGAAGGUAAAGGAUGGUUAUGGGGCCUUGACGAAGAAUAUAUUGCCGAAAGAGAACGUCAGAAAAAGAAACAAAGCGAAAUAGCUGUGGCAAAAGCGCAUGCUGCACAAUUGAAGCUUGAGCAGCAACAACACAGGCAGCAGCAAGUGCCACAAAAGGGCAAGAAAGAGAUUGUUUCCCAAAAGUCUGCGAUAACUUCGAGGAAACAAAACAUUUCGCAAACUCUUGCGGCAAACAGGGCCGCUUCUAAUAAGAAGAAUACGGCAAGCGAUAACCAAAGGACAAUGAAAUAUUUACAAGAACAACUUGUUAUCUUGACACGAGAUCGAAAAGGUUUGUCUAAACAGGUCAUUGCCGCAAUUUUGACGCAAGCUUUGGCUAUGACAAUAAACCAAGUAACACAAGCAGCAAAGAACAAGGGGAUUACAGGUAAUCCGCUUACAGCUUUGAUGGACAAGAAUCCCCAGCAUUUAAAUUUAAUAUUAGCGGCAGCUGUAAAUGCAGCGACUGCAAAAGUAACAAAAGGUGAAGUAAAACAAUUAGUGGACCCUGAAACUACAGCGGCUCUAGCAGCCAAGGCCCAACAUUCCAAACCAAUACCUCAACCAAUAGUUCAGACACCUAAUGUACCCGAUAGACCUGCAUCUCAACUAUCUUCAUCGUCCUCAUCCCAUUCCAACAACUACAUGCAUGAUAAACCAGCAGGUUCUUUUGACCCAUCUUCAUUAUCUCGAUUUUUCCAGCCGAGACAAAAUGCUCGAGUUGCAUCCCCUGCGAUAAUCCCAGUCCCAGCAACGAUUUCCCAGAAUGUUGAUAUACUGCCCAAGCCUAAGCCAAUACGGGAUAGUGGUGAUGAAAGCGAAAGUGAUACUAGUAGCAGUGGUGGUUCCAGUAGUGGAAGCGGAAGCGAUAGUGAUAGCGGGAGUGACGACGAAAGUGGUAGCGGGAGUGACGACGAUAGCACUAGUAGUGAAAGUGAAAGCGGGAGUGAUAGUGGAAGUGAAAUGGAUGAAAAAGACGAUAAAGGUGAUAAUGGAGAUGCUAAACAGAGCGAAACUGAAGGAAAACUUGCACAUCACAGCGAAAACGGAAAUAAUAAUGGCCGCCAAACUCUAGAACCCGAUGAAGAAGGCCAUGACUCGAAGAGAAGGAAAAUUGAUGAAGAGAUUAGUCCAGUGAAUGUAGCCGUUGAGGAAAGCAUUGAAAGGAUGGACAAUGGUACCAACACGUCCGUAAUUGCCAGAAGUCCCUCCAUGGAGAUAAACACAGACCGACAAAAUGUAUGA